AGGUGCCGUUACUCCAGGUCCGAGGCCCCUUGUUGGUGGUCCAGCUUAUGGAGACCACCCUGCUGUGCCUGGUGAACUACGCCAGCCUGGUGGCCACAAACGCUGCCCGGUUCCGUCUUGCAGCCGGCCCGGGCAAGAAGCUGAUGGAGAUGGGGCUACGCCGGGCUCAGGGGCUGGACGGAGGCCUCUCGGCGUCCAAGUACUCCUACGUGGGCGGUUUUGAUUUUACCAGCAACGUCCUGGCCGGGAAACUCUACGGGAUCCCAGCGCAGGGAACGUUGGCUCAUUCCUACGUCUCGUCCUUCACCUCCGUGGACGACGUCAACCCACGGGUUAGUAUUCAGGGUGGCAGGAGAAGUCCCCGAAAAGACCCCCGUGGUUCAACUGCCCCAAAGAAGUUG